UGCUUCCCGCCUGAACGCAUGUCAAAAUCUGUUUUAAUUCUUUUGUGAGUUUCUAAUGUGCUUUUCUUUUUAACAUGGAGGAUCUACCAUUUGUUGCUGAAUAUGCGAAAAGUAGCCGCUCUUCUUGUAGAAUAUGCAAAGAACCAAUUCAGAAAGAUAGCUUGAGGAUGGGAAUUAUGGUUCAGUCUCCAAAAUUUGAUGGCAAAGUCCCACUAUGGCAUCAUUCUCACUGCUUUUUCCAAAAGAAACAAGUUAAAACCACAGCUGAUAUUGCAAAUUUUAGUAAUCUCCGAUGGGAUGAUCAAAAGAGCAUCAAAGACAAAAUAGAAAAAGGCAGCACCAGUUCUUCAAAAAGUAGUUCAGCAAGCUCCGAAAAUAAUGAUUUUGCAAUUGAGUACGCCAAAUCUAGUCGAAGUACCUGUAAAGUUUGCAGUGAAAAAAUUGUCAAGGGUGAGAUAAGAGUUUCCAAAUUGGAUACAGAGAGCAGCGAAGCACGUCGUUUUGGACCUAUCCCUCAGUGGAGGCAUUUAGAUUGCUUCGUAAAAGUAAGACAAGAGCUUGGAUUUGUUGAAUCUGGAGACAGGUUACCAGGUUUUAAAAAUCUUUCUGAUGAAGAUAAAGAGGAUGUUAAAGAGAAGAUUACUGGAACAAGUUUAAAAAGAAGUUCUGAUGGUGGACAGCCUCCUCCUAAAAAAAAGAAAACUGAUAUUACUAAGGAAGAAUUGGAGUUUAGAGUUCAAAAUCAGUUGUUAUAUGAUAUGAGGGAUAAAUUAAAGGCCAAUCUGAAAAAGAAGCAUAUGCUUGAAUUGUUAGAGUUCAACAAACAGCAUAUAUCAACUGGAGAGAGCAAUCUGUUAGAUAAUUUAGCUGAUUGUAUGGUGUUUGGAGCUUUGAAAAAUUGUCCCGAAUGCCAAGAUGGAACCCCCCGCUUCAAAAAUGAUGCGUAUCGCUGUUCUGGUAAUCUAACUGAAUGGACAAAGUGCCAGUAUGUUUCAAAAUAUCCUGAAAGAAAACUUUUUAAGGUGCCUGAAGAAAUGAAAGAAGAGUUUGAAUUUUUGAAAAAAUAUAAGUGUGUGAUAAAAGAAAGAAUGUUUCCUGAAGUUGUAGAAGUCAACAACAAAAAAGGACUACCUUUAGAGAAUUUUAAAGUUGCUGUAUUCGGAAAAUUCAAAGGUGUUCCAAAGAGUAUCAUUAUAAAAAAAGUAGAAGAGUUAGGAGCUACAAUUCAGUCAAAAGUUACAGCAACGGUCAAUGUCUGUAUCAGUACUGAAGAUGAAGUGAACAAAAAUGGAUCACAUGUAACAAAAGCUGCCAUUAAUAAAAUUCAUAUUGUAUCACCAAAUUUUAUCGAAGACAUAAAAAAAGGAGCUACACCUGCUAUUGCCAUUAAAGAAAACCUGUUAUGCACAUGGGGUGAUGAUCCUGUAUUAAAAUUUGGAAUUAAACAAGAGAAUGUUCGGAAAAAAGAAGCUUUAAAUGAUUCAGCUUUUGCUAAGAGUGCUGCGAAGUCAACAAUGAAAAUUACUAUGAAAGGAGGAAAUGCGGCUGUUGAUCCUGAUAGUGGCAUGGAAGACAGCUGCCAUGUGUAUGAAAAAAAAGAUGAAGUUUUCAACGUGGUUCUUGGGAAGGUUGAUAUAGCCAGAGGAACAAAUACUUAUUACAAAUUACAAAUUCUCCAAUCCAAUAAAGGAUCAAGUUAUUGGUUAUUUAGGUCUUGGGGUCGAGUUGGUACAACUAUUGGAGAUAAAAAAUUAGAGAAAUUAAAACUGGAGGACGCUAUUGCAGAAUUCAAACGGCUUUACCAGGAGAAAACUGGAAACGAAUGGAGUAAUCGAAAGAACUUUAAGAAACAACCUGGACUGUUGUAUCCAUUAGAAAUAGACUAUGGUCAAGAUUGUGAGAAAUUUAAAGAAUUAAAGCCCGGAGAUAACUCAAAACUUCCAAAGCCUGUUCAAGAAUUGAUAUGCCUGAUUUUCGACAUCGAAGCCAUGAAAAAAGCCAUGGUGGAGUUUGAAAUUGAUCUUAAGAAAAUGCCAUUAGGUAAACUAUCCAAGCGUCAGAUUGAAACUGCUUACAGUGUUUUGAAUGAAGCUCAACAGGUUUUACUUACUGGAUGCAAUGCUGCAAAAAUUUUGGAUGCAUCUAACAGAUUUUACACACUAAUACCUCAUGAUUUUGGUUUAAGGAAACCUCCAUUGUUAGACAAUGAAGAACUGAUUAAGUCGAAAAUUCAAAUGUUAGAUUCAUUAUUAGAGAUUGAAUUUGCAUAUAAUCUAAUCAAAGACGAUGGAGGAAUUAGCACCAAGGACCCAAUAGAUGAACAUUAUGAAAAAUUGGCUACAGAUAUAGAAGUUUUACCGAAAGAUACUGAUGAGUACAGCUACAUUAAAGAUUACCUUAAGAAAACUCAUGCUCAAACUCAUGACCAGUACACCUUGAAACUGAAUGAAGUAUUUAAAAUCAAUCGACAUGGUGAAAAAGGAAGAUACAAGAAGAAAUCUGAAAAAUUGCACAAUAAAAAACUAUUAUGGCAUGGAUCUAGGCUAACUAAUUAUGUUGGUAUUUUAUCGCAAGGUUUAAGAAUAGCUCCACCAGAAGCUCCUGUGACAGGAUAUAUGUUUGGAAAAGGCAUAUACUUUGCAGACAUGGUCUCUAAAAGUGCUAAUUAUUGCUUCGCUAAUAAACAAAAUUCUACAGGAUUGAUGCUACUUUGUGAAGUAGCUCUGGGAAACAUGUAUGAAAAGCCGUAUGCAGAAUAUAUAACUCAACUACCACCUGAUAAACACAGUACCAAAGGAUUGGGGCAUACAGUUCCAGAUCCAACAGAUAAAGUUUUCCUUGGUGAUGUGGAAAUACCAUAUGGAAAACCUUCGCCUAGUAAUGUUGGACAGAGUCAACUAUUAUACAAUGAAUAUAUUGUUUAUGAUGUGAAUCAAGUCAAUAUCAAGUAUUUGUUAAAGGUGAACUUCAAGUUUAAAUAUUAAUAUUGACUGAAAAGAUCUUUGUUAUAAACUGAACGUUUGGCAACUACCUCCAAUUCAUUUUAUUGAUGUACAUUUUAUGUAACUAAAUCACAAAUUAAAAAAUUAAAAUAUA